GAUGAAGCAGUGCGCAUGUGCACAGGCUGGCAAGUCACCGGAUGGGUGUCGCUUCCUUCCUGCCGACCGACCUGUUGCAGCGGCGGGGGAAGAGAGAAGAGAAGAGAAGAGAGGGAGUCCACGGGCUGGGGGAGCGGGAAGAGGAGAGGAGAGGAGAGGAGAGGGACUCCACUGUCCAGGCCGCUGUGGGGAGCGAGGCCCACAGCGGUGUCUGAGCGGAUGGGGAGACUCAGGGCCGGGGAGCGAGGACAGCAGAUUGACAUCCAUCCAUCCAUCCAUCCAUCCAUCGAUAUAAACUCGGCAAUCUCCGCUUUCAUGUCAAACUGCGAUGAUCACCAGCUCUUACAGUUGACGAGAUUCUACCGGGACCGACUGGAGCAGGCGAUUGAAGAGUGUGUGGAGGGAGUUAGCCUCAUGGUAAUGAGCACGGAUCACUUCACUGGGCAAGAGUGUCACAGAGUGACUGAGCUUGCAGAGACAGGAAAACAAGCGGCCGGCUCCAAACUGCUCCUGAAUCUGGUGAUGGAGAAGGGUUCUGGAGCACAAAGGUUGAUGUGGGAAUCCCUUGUGAAAAUACGUCACACGCAACCGAAGCUGAGCAGAAUAUUGAAAGAGAUACUGGCUCAAGGUAAAGACCAGCUCGCCUACAAGGACACGGUGGGGCAGGGUUUAUCUGAAGUGCCCACUCACCUGAAAGGUAAGUGAUGGGAUGGGAUUC